AGGGUGGCCCAGAAUUAUUUUCCCUCAUACAAUGGAUACACAAUAGAAUUCUAUUGUCCAAAGGAAAAUAAUUCUAGGCCUCCCUGUAGAUAGAUGUCUAUUACACCCAACCAUUCAGUGCCCAAUGUCAAUGACGCUAUUCUAUGUUGUUGAACAGGGGGUCCCAUUGACUGCGGCAAUCUUCUCUUUGAAACAAUGUCGACUACACAAGCGGCAUCUGAUGUGCUGGUCCUGAACCGAAGAAGUUCUUUACAUCAUCUUAUCUAACGAAAUGAAUGUCGAGUCUAUUAUAGCAGUGAACGAUGAAGAUGAAGAAUGUCAAUCCACCUCUGUCUUCUUUACUUUGUCUGGUGACAACAUCAAGAGGAAUCAAUAGAGAAAUGAAAUUUUGUCUCUUUCACAGUAUCGGUCUGGACAUACAUCAUGCCCAGAUCCUUGAUGCUCGCAUUAUUGCAUUUCCUUAUUUAACUAAUAAUAAUAAUACUAAUAAUAUAAUAAUAAUAAUAAACUUUUAUUAAUGAUUAAGGCCAUCGGCCCCUUACAAUAAUACAAAUUAUUAUAUCAAGCAAUACAACUCAAGAUGACAAAACAAAGUAAUACAAUUAGAAUCCGAGUCUCCUAUUCCUACUCUUGUAUAGAAAAACUGACAAAUUUCAUAGGGUUUCUGCACACUAACUAUUCAUUGAGGAGACAGAGGAAUACAUCGUUGGCACGGAGAAAGGUUUAUGCUACAUUUGGUGUAAUGGCUGGCGUAGAAGCAAAAGGUAAAACAAGGAGUGCCUUUGACGAGCACGAAAUCAAGAGGGAAGAAGAGAAGAAAAAAUUCCCUCGAGAUCUCCAAGGCUUUGGAUACAAAUUCAAUGAAGCUGGGGAACUCCGUGACAUAAAAACUGACGGCGGGUUUGAAUUCAACGUGAAAGAAGGCGACCAUCAUCACAAUCAAGUUCGAUAUGAGGCCCUAGGUGACGUGAUAACAGAGUAUAUCUAUGACCUGCUUGAAAAAGAAACCAAGUUGAAGAGGGUGCAUGUGCCGAUUGAUGCCGGUAAGGACAAUCCCAGAAGUUUCUUCUUCAUGAGUGAGGAUGCCAUGGAGAAUCCUGAUAAGUUGAUGAUCUUGAUCCACGGAAGCGGUGUAGUUAGAGCUGGGCAGUGGGCACGCAGACUAAUCAUCAAUGAUAAUUUGGACAUGGGAACACAGAUACCGUUUAUCAAGAAGGCAAAAGAAGAAGGAUAUGGCGUCAUAGUGCUUAACACAAAUGAAAAUGAAGUGAUCAAGAAAAAGAAAAAGUUAUUAAUUGAGGGAAACUCCACUCCAGAGCUGCACACACUCUAUGUAUGGGACAAUUUCAUCCGGAAAGCAAAAGCUAAUAGUAUUGCUAUAGUUGCUCAUAGUUACGGAGGAGUAGUUACUGUUAACCUGGCAAGCCACCGAGAAGAGAGCUUAGAUCGAGUAUUUGCCGUCGCCUUCACCGACUCAGUUCACAGUUUCCAGCUACAAGAGACGCCAAACCAUGUCAUCAAGUUCUUCAAAGAGAAUGCCCAGAACUGGAUUUCAAGUGACAAACCGUUAGAUACACCAUCAGCUUGUAGAAGUAAAGUAGAUUGUCCUUGUGUUUCUGCUGGUCAUAUGAAGCACGAGAUGACAUCCUGCAACAGUAUGGACUCCAUCUUCAAAUUCUUAGCAGGAAAAUAUGCUGCUGGAGAGAAGCGGGAGGAAUUAUAGCCAUCGGUAGACACUGCAACAAGACCAGUGUAUUCAGCUGUAACAUAAAUGAGUUUGAAAAUCAUAUUCUUGAAGUGACUCGGAGAGUUAAAUUGGUUAGCAUGUACAUGUACUUGUUGGCCUUAUAGGCAGACAUGUAGACAACUAAAGUAAGCGUCUUAAAAAGACAGGUUGUUCCUUCUCCUUCCAUUUGCUGUAAUGCAAUCUCGAGGCAUUUAUACAACUGUUGUUACACCUCUGUUUAUACAUGUAGGAUAAAAGUAGGCCGCAACUUCUGCACAACUCAUUCUGUGAAUAAAUUUGACAUUAUUGUUUGUCAUCUGAACUCAUUACAUUGUGUUUGGGACAUGGUGUGGGUAAAAACCUUCAAAGAUCAGUACUUGGACUGGGACAUGAAGUGGUCUAUACUGUAGGAUUGAUGAUACUUAACAUAGCAAUAAGAUUUGGGAGUUUUUUUAGAUGGGUAAAAUUAAAAUCCAUAGUCUGUAUUCAGAUGAGCGUUAAUCCAAGAGAGGAUUUAUGGUGCUAGUUCAAAUGUGAUACACUCUCAGCCCCCGGGGCCCACCCAUCCCACACAUUCUGUUUGCCAAUUGGGCCGCACGUUUGAGGAAUUUUUAGCCCAGUGGUACUUUUCCAUUUCAUCUCCACGAAAUAGAUCUUAUUUUGAAGGUUUCAUAAUAACACUUUAAUAGGCGUAGGUUGGUCCGAGCCUGGGGUGCACAUCUUGUGAGUGUUAAAUCUGGGCCCUCCCCAUAAUGGGCUAUAAAGUUCCAUUUCCCUGGCAUUUUGGAACAAGAAUCACCUGUUUCUGGGCUGAAUAAAAGCAAUAUUUCGAGAAGCGAAUCUAUUUUGCUAUUUAAGGAGGGUAUGCCCCUGGUGUAGAUGUACAUGUACAUAGAUGUAGGUAAAUAGAUAGACUAGAAUUGCAUGAUUUCCACAGAGCGGUAUAGAUAGAAAUAGAAUCAAGAAUUAUCAAAUCUUGAUAGAAUGUUUGUUUUUAUUUUUGCUAUUUUGUCAUUCUAGAUUAAUCCUGUUCUUGAUUGUGUUGAUGAUGAUGUCCCUUGUUUUCCAGAUAAAAAAAAUAAAUCAAAGAGAUGCCUAUUAAA